AUGAUCGUGCCUGACUUUGACGACUUCCCGACUCCCACCAUGUCUUCAUCCACCAGCUCAGUGGCGCCGAUCCCCACGGUCAUCCCGAACUUUCCGAUCCUCCAGGGGAUCCACACCACUGGAACACGUACUCUCUGGGUCGUGACUGUGCUCAUGGGCAUCUCCGCCCUAGUCUUCUACAGCCUAUCUGCCCGCGCUCCCCUGCCAAAGCGGGUCUUCCACACCAUAAGCGCUUUGAUCACCACUAUCGCCUUCAUCACCUACUUCGCCCUCUCAACCGGCCAGGGUGUGCAAUUCAACCACCAUCGCAUCACCCACAAAAACAAGCAUGUCCCCGACACAGCGGACGAUGUCAUCCGUGCCGUUCUGUGGCUUCGCUUCGUGAACUGGGCUCUUACCAUCCCCCUCUUACUGACGAACUUCGCCCUCGUCUCCGGUCUCCCGGGCGCGAACCUCUUUGCUGCUAUUGCUGCAAACUGGGUGAUGCUCGCAACUGCUGCGUUCGGCUCGUUUGCCGGACACACCACUGCCCGGUGGGGCUGGUUGACGCUGUCUUGCAUUGCGUAUUUGACUAUGCUCCACCAUGCUGGCUUCCACGCACAGCGGGCUGCACAGAACAAGGAUUCCAUGACGAGACGCUUCUUUGGAGCUUAUUCGGGAUCCGCCUUCUUCGCCUUGGCUCUAUUCCCGAUCGCUUUUGCGGCGGGCACUCUUGCCUUGAAGAUUAGUGUGGACACCGAGACUAUCCUGUAUGCUGUCCAAGAUAUCUUUACCCAGGGACUUCUGAGCUACUGGCUUGUGGUGUCGCAUGACAGUGCGCAGGGAAUUACCCUCCACCUGGAUGGAUUCUGGUCUCACGGAAUUGGCAAUGAAGGCGCCAUCCGGAUCGAGGAAGAGGGUGCGUAA